UGUUAGGCCGGAAGUAAACGUUCUUGUAGCGUUCUCUUAGGCGCCAUAGCUGAAUCAAAACAAAAGGUUCUUUUAAAAUCUAGGCCCAUCUGCCUUCAAAAUAGGCACAAAGUGAUUAUACCUUUACUCGGAAAGGAACCCAAGUGUUUGCAAUGUCUAUAGGAGUGCCAAUUAAGGUUCUGCACGAAGCAGAAGGACACAUUGUGACAUGUGAAACAACAACCGGCGAAGUUUACAGAGGUAAACUUGUCGAAGCAGAAGAUAAUAUGAACUGUCAGAUGUCGGCUAUAACAGUUACAUACAGAGAUGGCCGUGUGGCACAACUAGAAAACGUUUACCUGAGAGGCAGCAAAAUCAGAUUUUUAAUAUUACCAGAUAUGUUGAAAAAUGCACCCAUGUUUAAAAGAGUACAAGGAAAAGGGGGCUCAGCGAACAGAGGAAAAUCUGCAAUUCUUCGAACACAAGCUGCCAGAGGCAGAGGACGAGGAGGGCCAGGGGGUCCAAGAGGAGGAGGAGGUGGAAACAUGUAUCAGAAUCGUCGUCGUUAAACAAUAUCCAUUAUGCAUCUGGACAAUUCAUUACAUUUUCAUUGUUUGUGCAGGAAGUGCACCUUUUUAUCUUCAUGGCAUGCAGAGGAAUGUUAUUCUGUCCAUGAAUUGGUGUCAGAAAGAAAAAGAACACUGCGCACAUCAUGUUCAUUCCUAUUGCAUAUAUUUCAUAGACAGACUUGAACAUGAAAAAUCACAACUUGUGAAGGAGUACAAUAUGUUGUAUAUAUGUAUUGUUUUUUAUUGUAUUUUUUUUGUAGACUUGUGAUUAAAUCUAAAUGACAGUA